AAACUUGCGUGGUUUAAGGUUAUCGAUAUAAUUAUUAUUGAUUGUUAGUAAAAACAGUUGUACGUGAAUCUUUGUUCAAAUACAUCAAUUUAUUAUCAACAAUCGCAUAUAUACAGUAGUAAGGUCAAAACACAAUAUGGGAUCCAAAAAACACAAGAAAGAAUCGAAAAAGAAGAAGCACAGGAGUAGGUCACGCUCGCCAUUAGAUGGCGAGGAGCGGGAACGAAAACGCCACCGAAAACACAAAGAUCGCAAGAAGGAUCGCUCGCCCGAUGUUGAGGAGGUACCGGUAGACUCGCACCUGCAGUCGAAGGAAGAUCGAUCUCGCUCACGCAGCCGCAGCACGAGCGCCGCGCCCAGCCAGAAAGAUGAUAGAAACAGUGAGAAAAGCGCGGAGGCUGAGAGGUCCCAAUCGCCCGUGAGUGCUCCGGCCAACGCACAAGAGAGCCUCUCUAUAGAGGAGACCAAUAAGUUGCGAGCCAAACUUGGUCUGAAGCCUUUGGAGGUCGCUGAGAAACCAGCGGAAGAUGGCAAGAUCAAGGAUGACCUGGGCGAGUUCUACCACAAGCCGGCGCCGAACAUCGCGGCGCAGAAGAAGUCGGAUAAGAUGCGCGAGAAGUUGGAGGAGAGAAGGGAGAAGAGGAAGAUGGAGACCAAGUUGAAAACAACACUUCUAACAGAAGGGUCUGAUGACGAGGACGCGGCUGCUUGGAUCAAAAAGUCUCGACAACUUGAACUACAGAAACGGGAAGCUGAGAAACGGGCGGCGAUGCUGGACGAGCUGGACGCGGAGUUCGGUGUGGGCGCGCUGGUGGCUGAGGAGCAGCAGCAGCACCGCAGCCGCAGCUACGCGCAGAAGCACCUGCGGGGGCUGCGGGUCGCGCAUGACGUCACCGCGCUACCAGAAGAGCGCGAAACGAUACUAACACUAGCUGACAAGGACGUACUAGCGGAGGACAGUGAGGAUGUGCUCGUCAAUGUUAACAUGUUAGAUGAGGAGCGGUAUAAGAAGAACAUAGAAGAGCGUCGCAAAGCGGCCGCCGGCUACCAGGCGUACGACGAAGAGAGUGAACUAGCUGCGUCACUCGGUUUUGCUCGUCCACUUCUCUCCAAGUAUGAUGAAACUAUAGAUCCUGAGAAGAAGAAGGCGGAUAAAGGAUUCGUGCUGGGAGACGAAGCCGCGCUGCAAGCUAGUCGGUUUAGAGAGAUGAUGCGACAAGAGCGUCUAGCGGGCGGGCCGGACAAGCGGCUGGAGUCACUGUCAGUACCGGCGCCGCAACUUGCAGCCGACUAUAUGGAUGAACAUGAGAUAUCCGCCAAGUUCAAGAAGUUUAAGAAAAAGGGCAAGUUCCGCAAGAAGCCGAAACAAGAGCCUAUCGACGUGGAAGACUACGCCGAGGGCAAUGCGCCCCUGCACACUGACGAUACUGAUGUACCGGCUGGAUCGGUUGGUAGUGCUGCAUUAGCAGAAGACGAAGAUGAAACAGAAGUGGACGGUGAGCUACAAGCUGCCCUAGCGAGGGCUCGGAGACUCACGCAGGCCUCCGCCCCUCCUGUACCUAAGGUGGAAGAAAUCCUCGAGAAGGUGAAGAAGGAAGAACACAUGUCUGAUGAGGAAGACACUGGACCUGGUAUGGUGUUAGAUGCUACAGCGGAGUUCUGUCGCACCCUGGGGGAUAUACCCACGUACGGGCUGGCUGGGAACCGGGAUACUACUACUGAGAUUAUGGACUUCGAGAAGACAGAAGUGGAGCCCGAGCCCGAGGUGGAGCAGAGUUCGGGCGCGUGGAGCAGAGUCGACAUCGGCAGUGAGAAACCCGCUGACCUUGUAGCGGGUUCGUCAGUAGGGCUGGCAGCUGAACCAGCGCUGGGCGCAGGUGUGGCUGGAGCUCUGCAGCUGGCGCUCAGCAAGGGAUACUUGGAGAAGAACGCAGCACCUGCAGCUGCUCCCCGCGCUGCGCAUGCGCUGCUGCAUGCUAAACAUUACUCCAUCGAGGAUAAGACUUAUGGCGAGGACGACAAGGCGGGUCGCCGCGAGCGCCAGCACCACUCGCACGGCGGCAGCGAGUUCCGCGAGAAGAGCAACUUCCGACCCAGCGUGAAGCUGGAGUACGUGGACGACGACGGCCGGCCGCUCUGCCCCAAGGAGGCCUUCCGCUACCUCUCGCACAAGUUCCACGGCAAGGGGCCCGGCAAGAACAAGCAGGAGAAGCGCAUCAAGAAGCAGCAGCAGGAGGGGCUGAUGAAGAAGAUGAGUUCCACGGACACGCCGCUGGGCACACUGCACAUGCUGCAGCAGAAACAAAAGGAAACACACUCGCCGUAUAUUGUGUUGAGCGGCACCAAGCGGGAUACUAACAACUAAACCAUAUUUUAUAUAAUAUAAAAUACAUAAUUAUAACCAUAGACCAGGGAUUAUACCAUUACAAGAUAGGUCAGAUGCAUGGAAAAAUUGACAUAGUAUAAUGAAAUUGUAGAUGUAAAAAGUAUUUUUGUGUAACAGUUUGUGUAAAAAAGCGGAGUGGGUAUCAAUUGUAUUCAAUAUAAAUUCGUUUUUUUUGUUUGAUUGUAUGAAUUGUACCGUUAAUAAAAUAACAACUUCAUUGUAUAGCUGUAUAUUUUCAAUUAAUUUUUGGUUACUUACCUGUCUUUUCUCAUUAAUUAAAGUCCGAUUGAAAGUUUUAUUCCAUUCUCUUUACGACAAAUGUAUCCUACAUUUAAUUUUAAUAUGAAUAAAAUUAUUAACAGAAAA